AGAAGCAAAUAACAUCUGCAUCAAAGUUUCUCUCUUCCGAAGAAGUAAUGUCUCUGACAUGCGUUAAUAUGUCCGAGGAUGUCUGGUUGACUUGCCUCACUCACGCAUUAUCCACCGAGACCGAAGAAAUCAUGGGUCUCCUUCUCGGCGACAUCGAGUACUCAAAGAACGGUGAAAGAGCCACAGCUAUGAUCUGGGGAGCAUCGCCUCAGUCACGAACUACACGGGUGAUUGGAUGGUACCACUCCCAUCCUCAUAUUACCGUUCUUCCUUCCCAUGUCGAUGUUCGCACACAAGCUAUGUAUCAGCUUUUAGAUUCUGGUUUUAUUGGCCUCAUAUUUUCCUGUUUUAGUGAAGAUGCUAACAAGGUUGGUAGAAUCCAAGUUAUCGCUUUCCAGUCUUCUGAUGGAAAGCCGAAUAGUAUUCCUAAAUCAAUGAGCCUGGUUCUUGCUAAUAAGGAUUCUGUCAUCGAUUUAGAAUCUUCAUUUAGUUCUUCGGACUCGAUAUACCAGAGAUCCUCUUCUGCUCGGGGAGACAAUCCCGAGCUAGACACAAGUGAUACUGCUACAACUUCCGGAUAUAAGGGUGGAGGACGGGUUUCAGAUUUUGGGGCUUUCUUUGUUAACAAUGCUGAGGCCAACAUUACUGGCAGAGAUGGAACUAGUGGAAAUUACAGCUCAGGCAAUCUCAGCAGCGCACCUAUAGAUAUUGACUCGAUGGACAUGUCUGAAAGUAUGCAAGAGGCAAUGCUCCGUUCAAAGUUAGAAACCAGUGGUGUAGAGUAUGUUAGAAAAGAAGUCCCACUUCAUGUUUUGCCAACUUCAUCCCUUCUUCAACUCAAUUCACCUUUAGCAUCUUUUAAAAGCCUGCAACGAGUACUCUACGAGGAGGAACGAGCAGCGUACCACCAAUCGGUGCAGCAAAUCAUGAGAGACGGGCGAGUUCAUCCUCUUGCUUUCUUUCACAACACAUCAACAUAUCAAGCUUCCAUGUGCAAGUUGAUCGAAUACUGCUUGAGUCCUGCCAUUAACGCACUUCAAGAUAGGCUGAAGGAGAACAAGAUCCGGUUAGCAAUGCUGAUGGAUGAAGCUGAGGUUUUCGAAGCACAGAAACUUAAAGGACCAGAGACAAGCGGGGGGCCAUCUCGUCUGGUUCACGGUUCUGGCAGCCGAAGCAGAAGAAGAUCGUAGAAAGAUCUGCGACUAAAAGGCACACGUCCUCUUUGUAUUCUGAUCAAGUUUUGGAAGAACCAGAAGAAGAAGAAUGAGAAGAAAAUUAUUGUUUUUGU